GCCAUGAAGCUCCUCAGAACCCUCUCUGGACCCAAAAAUCUAUUCGUUCAAAGUAUAGGGCAUCGAUACUUUGCGGCCACACCAGAAGAGUACGCCAACAGAAACUAUGCCAACAAUGAGUCUGAAUAUACCACUGUUAUUAACUCUAUUACUGCUCAGAGAAAGAAUUUCUUGUUGAGCAAUCUGUUUAACCCUAUUGAAAGAGGUGGCAAAGUUUUUGUUUCACCUGAUUACAAUCAAUCUAAAGAACAACAAAGGGAAAUAUCACCAUGA